AGAGCGCAGAUGUCGAAGCAACUGGGACAUUUAUAUAUACAUUUUUAAUUAAAGAAUGCUUAAGCUUCCAGUAGAGAGUGCUAGAUUCCAGCUUGUUUAUUUGGUUCCAGAACGUAACAAUUAUUUCCAGUGGAUUUUCUAUAAUAACUUUUCAAUAGAUUUUUAAUGUUGUAACCACUGAAUAGGUAACAAUUGUGGUGUUCUGUCUCUUUAAAAAAAUAGUAUAGGGAUAAACGCUAACAUGGUUCUGCUGAGGUAAAAAAAAACCUGAAAAAACAUUUAUAUAACGGAUAGCUAAAUGUGUAUAUGACUUUUAGUUUUAAAAUAGUCAUACAAUACAAAAGCAAUCGUUUUUUACUUAUUUUUACCGUCACAGUUAGUUUCCCGAUAAAACCUGCGUUCAUUUAAGCGGAUGAAACGGUGAAAAAAAGUUGGACUUAUGUGCUCAUCAUGCGUGGCUGGAUUUAGACACACACGAGAGGUACGUGAAGUCGUGUGGAUGCGCUCAGUUCAGUCCAGUCUUCGCCGGCAUGGCUUGGUGUGACCGCGGCGUGCAGGUUGUUUUGACGAGCCUGGGCGCGCUGGCGGCCAUCAGCCUCAUGACCGUCGCGAUCGGAACCGACUUCUGGCUUUACUCCAGAGCUCACGUCUGUAACACGACCAACACAACAGAUGAAGCCCACACCUUACAGCAGCCGAAGAAAACUCCAGGAGAUCUCACGCAUUCUGGACUUUGGAGGAUCUGCUGUAUCGAAGGGAUCAACAAUGGGAGCUGCUAUUGGAUCAAUCAUUUUUCUGUUGAUGAUGACUAUGACGCAGACAACUCAGAAUAUCUCCUCCGAUUAGUGCGAGCAUCCAGUCUCUUCCCUAUCCUGAGUACCAUCCUGCUUCUUUUGGGGGGACUUUGUGUCGGCCUGGGCCAGAUUUAUAGCAGCAGGAAUAACAUUCUGUUGAGUGCAGGAAUCCUAUUUGUAACUGCAGGUCUUAGCAAUAUCAUCGGCAUCAUUGUUUACAUCUCCAGUAAUGCCGGAGACCCUAGUGAUAAAAAAGGAGAAGAUAAGAAAAAUCUGUACAGCUAUGGAUGGUCCUUCUACUCAGGUGUACUCUCCUUUGUUGUGGCGGAGGUCAUCGGUGUGUUGGCCGUCAACAUUUACAUUGAAAAGAACAAAGAGGCUCACUUCAAACACUUUGAAAUUAUUAAAUCUGUUCCUUCCCCUUCAUCAUCUCCCUACACAAGCAUUCCAAGUUACCAUUACAGACAACAACAGUCUCAGUGCUGUCCUCAGUCCAGAGAGCCAUCUAAAAACACUUCUCUUGCCACACUUAGCAUCACCAGCUCCUCACUCCCUUUUGGGGACAUUUUAAUGUAUACAGUGGGGAGAGAACAUCCGCUAAAGUCAGGUGCUCUGGCCUCAUAUAACACUGAUCUUGAACAUCCCAACUUUCUGCAAGUCCACAGCCACGUUUCUAAAGAUGUGAAGGAAAGUCUGAAUCGCAGAAUUACUCCUGUAUAAACAUUCAGUUUGCAGUUACAUGAAGCAUUAUAAUUAUUUUACUCAGGAUUGAUACUUAAAUGAGAGUUAUAGAUUUUUGUGUUGCUCAGAACAAAAGCUCUCUGCACAAUUAGUUCCCUUUCAGUCGGUCACAUCGAUAUCCUUGUCAAUGUUCAACAAACGGGAUCUUGCUAGAGAGACCAAUGUACUUUGAAUGUAAACUAAAUAAAGCAGUGGAUAUUUGCAUGCGGUUGAUUGCAUCCAGUUGCUGUUGAACACACUGUGAGUAUAAAUAUCAGUUAUUAAAUUCAGAGACUGUCUUUGUAAUCAAAUCCUUGAUAAUCAAUCAAUCAAUCAAUCAUUUUUAUUUAUAUAGCGCUUUUAACAAAACAGGUUGCAUCAAAGCACUGUACAGUAUA